GACGAGCGUUCUGAGUAAAGUUCAGAUUUCAGGCGGAAGCUGAUUAUCUUCUAAGAGAAAUUAGUAGGCGAGAAAGAGCUAAAUAUGAGUUCAUCAGUAAAGAGAAGAGGGAGACCAAACAGUGGGGGAAGAAGAGGAGGAGGAGGUGGUGGUGGCAACAAACAUCAAGCCAGUGGCAGUAAAAAAAGCUUGGACAAAAAUUGGGAUUAUGAUUUUUGCAUUUUCAGUGGAACAAAAAAGGAUGACAGAGGACAUGGACAGACCAAGCAUGCAUCCAAGACCAAAACACCUCUGCAGACUCUUUAUAUGACUUCAGAAAAUCAGAAGAGAGUGAAAGAACUUCUUUGUGAGCUCCAGGAGCAGGAGCUGGCUUCUGGUUCAAAGACACUUAUAUCAGGCACAGCUGACUGCGAUGAAUUGGAUUAUCUGGAUGAUGAGGAGUCCUGGUCGGAUGCCAAUGCAUUCUCUGAAACCAGUUCAACAGCUGCUUCUCAAGCACCAGUGAACCAUGUGCUAGAGAUGGAAGUGUCAUCUUUUGCUGUGCAUAAGCUUUCCAGGUAUGGUUUUGAUUUUGAGCAUUGCCGAGCAGUACUGAAAUCUUUCAAUGGUAACAUUGGGGCAUCCUUGGAACAUUUGCUUUUGCAGUACUUCACAGAAAAUUUUGGAAAGAGGAUGAAGCUCACAGAAGCUGCUGUUCAAGCAAAUAUUAAAGACUGUUUGGAACAAAGGCAAGAAGAAGCUUUAGCCCUCCGUUCAAUCUAUGGAGACAAAUUUGUUGAACGAAUUCAAAAUCGAGUUUGGGCUAUUGCAUUAGAGUUGGCAUAUCUAACAGAUAUUUUCAGCAAGACAAAACAAGGGAAUAGCAUCACCAGUAGCAUACUUAAUUCAAAUUCCUUAGGUAUCUGUAAACAUUAUCUCCGAGGAGACUGCAAGUUUGGACCAAGAUGCAAGUUCAAGCAUGAAACUCCACACAAUCAGAAAUCACUUCCCCAUAUUAGAGAAGAUGCUCAUCUCAGACUUAAUAGUGAUAAUGUUCCUGUGUAUGAACUUGAAGUAAGAUUUCCGGAGGAUAAUAAAUACCCAUAUCAGCCGCCUCUUGUGGCAUUCUAUUCUACUAACGAGAACCUGCCCUUGUCUUGUCGGUUGCACUUAGCUGAAUUUCUUUAUGAAAAGGCCUUAAUAUCAUCUGAGUCUAAUAAACCUGUAGUAUAUGAUUUUGUAACAUUUUUAGAGGAUGAAGCUCAAGUCCUGAAAUUGCUUAGUAAGACAUCCCACAAAUACAGUGUUCCUCCAGUUCCUCCGAUGACGCCUCUGGGAAGAACAUCAACAGAUCCUGUUAAGCAAGAGCUUCCAAGUAGCCCUUUUAAUCCAUAUCAGAUUUCAGAAGCAACAGAGGUGGGAGCUGAGGAGGAUGAGAAUGACCAAGAGGGCCUACAAGCAGUUCAUAUAGAGAAGGAGAGUUACCUGAAUCUCAAAAAGAACUUUUUAUUGAAAAGAAGCACUCCAUCAGAGUCCAUUAGCAAAGAGAAUCUUAAAAUUUGCAAACAAUUCAGCAUAAAAAAGUCUUCUAGGCAUUACCAGGCCAUGUUACAAGAACGACAGAAACUUCCUGUAUGGGAAAAGAAAAAAAACAUUCUCAGCUUGCUGAACAAAUAUCAGGUCCUGGUUGUAAGUGGUAUGACUGGAUGUGGAAAGACCACUCAGAUACCUCAGUUUAUCUUGGAUUCCUCCCUAGAAGGUCCUCCUAAUAAAGUAGCCAACAUCAUUUGCACCCAACCUCGUAGGAUUGCUGCCAUUUCUGUUGCUGAACGUGUAGCCAAGGAACGAACAGAAAGAAUUGGAGUUACUGUUGGAUACCAAAUCCGUUUAGAAAGUGUCAUGUCUUCAUCUACACGGCUAUUGUAUUGUACUACUGGAGUGCUUCUGAGAAGACUAGAAGGGGAUAUGAAUUUACAAGGAGUCACUCAUGUUAUUAUUGAUGAAAUACAUGAGAGAAGAGAAGAAAGUGACUUCUUGUUGUUGAUAUUGAAGAACAUAAUGUUACAAAGACCAGAGCUGCGUGUUAUAGUAAUGAGUGCUACUCUGAAUACAGAAGCCUUUUCUCAGUACUUUAAUUCCUGCCCUAUCGUCAAUAUACCAGGAAGGACAUUCCCUGUUGAACAGUUUUUUCUAGAAGAUGCAAUUGCAGUGACUAGGUAUGUUUUGGAGCACAGCAGUCCAUACAUGCGCAGAGUAAAACAAACUACCCGCAGGACAAGGACCGCUGCAGAAGAAGUGGAAGAGGAUCUAAAGAAAGCUGGCUUGACGGAAGCAACAGUCCUGGAUUCAGUCCCAGACCAACAGCUGACUUUCCAACAAUUGUUGAUACGUUACAAAGGGGUUAGCAAAUCAGUAUUAAAAACAAUGGCAAGCAUGGAUUUAGACAAAGUAAAUCUUGAAUUAAUUGAAGCCUUACUUGAAUGGAUUGUCAGUGGCAAACAUUCGUAUCCACCAGGUGCAGUGCUGAUAUUUUUGCCAGGCCUAGCAGAAAUUCAAGCAUUAUAUAAGCAGUUGCAGUUUAAUGCCUUGUUCAACAACCGACACAGCAAACGCUGCAUUCUGUAUCCUCUCCAUUCAACCCUUUCCAGUGAAGAGCAGCAGUCUGUAUUCCUCCAGCCUCCUCCUGGCAUCACCAAGAUAAUCAUAUCCACAAACAUUGCAGAAACGUCCCUGACUGUUAAUGAUGUGGUCUAUGUGAUUGACUCAGGAAAGAUGAAAGAAAAAAGAUAUGAUACAAGCAAGGGCAUGGAAAGCCUGGAGGAUUCAUAUGUGUCUAAAGCCAAUGCCUUGCAAAGAAAAGGACGAGCAGGCCGUGUAGCUUCUGGGGUUUGCUUUCAUCUUUUCAGUAGCCAUCAUUAUAAACAUCGCCUUUUAAAGCAGCAGUUGCCUGAGAUACAUCGAGUGCCUUUGGAACAGCUUUGUCUCAGAAUAAAGAUUUUGGAAAUGUUCUCCACACAUGGAUUUCAUUUAGUGUUAUCACAACUUAUUGAGCCACCGACAGCUGAAUCUAUAAAUGCAUCAAAGAUGCGGUUGCAGGAUGUAGGAGCCUUAACAUCAGAUGAAAACCUUACUCCCUUGGGGCAUCAUUUGGCUUCCUUGCCUGUUGAUGUGAGGGUUGGGAAAUUAAUGCUCCUUGGCACCAUCUUUCGCUGUCUGGAUCCUGCACUAACAAUAGCAGCAAGCAGGGCUCACAAGUCACCUUUUAUUUCUCCAUGGGACAAAAAAGAGGAGGCAUUCAAGAAAAAGCUGGAAUUUUCCAUAGGAAACAGUGAUUAUCUGGCUGUCCUCCAAGCAUAUAAGGGGUGGUGCCGUUCUUCAAAAGAGAGCUCUCAAGCAAGUUACACAUUUUGCAGACAAAACUUUUUAUCAGAAAAUGUUCUUCAG